AUGCAGGCGGCAGCGCUCGCCGGAGAUGAUCUGGCGAGGUCAAUGAGUUUUUCAUCUUCCGGUAGGAGGAGCUGGGCUUCCGCUAGUAUCAGGGAGGCUUUCUCGGCGGCACCAGGAGGUGGUGAUCAUGCUUUUGCCACAAGUGGGCGCCACGAACACGACGAUGAAGAAGAACUCAAAUGGGCUGCAAUCGAGAGGCUCCCUACAUACGACAGAUUAAAGAAAGGAUUCUUGAAGCAAGUUCUUCAUAAUGGACAAAUUGUUCAUCAAGAAAUCGAUAUCACAACUCUUGGACCUCAAGAUAAGAAACUACUUAUGGAGAGCAUACUCAAAGUAGUAGAAGAAGAUAACGAAAAGUUUCUACAUAGAGUUCGAGCCAGAACCGAUAGGGUCGGGAUUGAUAUUCCAAAGAUCCAAGUACGCUACAAGAACUUGUCGAUCGAAGGAGACAUUCAUGUCGGGUCCAGAGCUCUUCCUACUUUACUAAACGCCACCAUCAAUACCAUGGAGGGACUUCUUCGAUUCUUUAAGCUUGUUCCAUCGAAGAAAAAAAUGAUCAAAAUCUUAUGUGAUGUGAGUGGGAUUGUGAGGCCAUCGAGGAUGACGUUACUUCUUGGACCUCCUAGUUCUGGAAAGACGACAUUGCUGAGGGCACUUGCCGGAGUACUGGAUUCAGAUCUCAGAGUCGCCGGAGAAGUUACUUACUGUGGCCACCGGAUGUCGGAGUUUAUUCCUCAGAGGACUUGUGCAUAUAUUAGCCAACAUGACGUCCAUCAUGGUGAGAUGACAGUUAGGGAGACGUUUGAUUUUGCUGGGCGGUGUCUUGGUGUAGGAACCAGGUACGACCUCCUGGAAGAACUUUCACGACGUGAGAAAGAUGAAGGGAUUAAACCAGACCCGGAAAUCGACACUUUCAUGAAAGCGACUGCAGUAUCUGGUCAAGAAUCUAGUUUGGCCACAGAUUAUGUUUUAAAGAUUCUUGGAUUAGAUAUUUGUGCUGAUACCAUGGUAGGUGAUGAGAUGAGAAGAGGAAUCUCCGGUGGACAGAAAAAACGUGUCACUACCGGAGAGAUGUUGGUUGGGCCUGCAAAGGUUUUCUUCAUGGACGAAAUUUCAACUGGUUUAGACAGUUCAACAACUUUUCAAAUCGUCAAAUACAUGAAACAACUGGUUCACAUAAUGGAUGUAACCAUGAUCAUUUCCCUUCUUCAACCCGCACCCGAAACAUUUGAGCUAUUUGACGACAUCACACUCCUCUCUGAAGGUCAAAUCGUCUACCAAGGCCCACGUGAAGACAUUCUUGAUUUCUUCUCAAGUGCAGGAUUCAAAUGCCCAGAAAGGAAAGGAGUUGCAGAUUUUUUGCAAGAAGUCACUUCAAGAAAAGACCAACAACAGUACUGGUUCAAAACAAACGAACCAUACCAUUACAUCUCCGUAUCUGAAUUCAGUCAGCUUUUCAGCCAGUUUGAAACUGGUGAGCGCCUUUAUGAUGAUCUUGCCAUUCCUUAUGACAAAACCCAAAUGCAUCCAGCUGCUUUGGUGACUAAGAAGUAUGGUAUUUCAAACAUGGAGCUCCUUAAAGCAAACUUAGCAAGAGAAUGGCUGUUGAUGAAACGUAAUGCUUUCUUGUACAUAUUCAAGACGACUCAGAUUACUAUUAUGUCGGUUAUUACUUUCACGGUGUUCUUUAGAACCGAAAUGAAGAGUGGUAGCCUUGAAGAUGGUAGGAAGUUUUUUGGUGCUCUGUUCUUCAGUCUUCUGAAUGUAAUGUUUAAUGGGGUUGCUGAGCUGGCUAAUACGGUUAUGAGGCUGCCUGUGUUCUUCAAACAGAGGGAUUCAUUGUUUUACCCUGCAUGGGCGUUUGCAAUACCCAUAUGGAUCAUGAAGAUUCCUAUAUCAAUCAUGGAGUCAGUAAUAUGGAUUGUUCUAACAUAUUACACUAUUGGGUUUGCUCCUUCUGCUAAAAGAUUUUUCCGGCAGCUUUUGGCUUAUAUUGGCCUGCAUCAAAUGGCUUUGUCUCUUUUCCGUUUCAUUGCUGUACUUGGAAGAACACAAGUAGUUGCAAAUGCUCUUGCCACCUUUUCUUUGCUAUUAGUUUUUGUACUCGGUGGAUUCAUUGUUGCAAAAGAUGACAUUGACCCAUGGAUGAUAUGGGGAUAUUACAUUUCCCCAAUGAUGUACGGACAAAAUGCUAUUGUGAUCAAUGAGUUUUCAGAUGAUAGAUGGAGCACUCCGAACCCUGAUCCACGAAUUAGUGAACCAACUGUUGGGAAGGUUCUACUCAAGUCAAGGGGAAUGUUCACAACCGAUUAUAUGUUUUGGGUUUGUGUCAUUGCACUCUUCGGAUUUUCACUUUUAUUUAACCUCUUCUUUGUGUUAGCUCCGACAUAUUUGAACCCUCUUGGGGAUUCAAAAACUGUUGUUCUGACAGAAGAUGAGCAGAAUCAGAAGCACCCACAAAUAGAAAUGGCAGGAAGAAACAUCGUUAAGAAGGGAAUGGUUCUCCCAUUUCAGCCACUCUCACUAGCAUUUAAUCAUGUCAAUUACUAUGUAGCCAUGCCUGCUGAAAUGAAAGAACAAGGAAUCGAAGAGGAUCGUCUGCAACUGCUACAAGAUGUCAGUGGCACAUUCCGCCCAGGCAUUCUGACAGCUUUGGUUGGAAUCAGUGGGGCAGGAAAGACGACAUUGAUGGAUGUUUUAGCUGGAAGAAAGACUAGUGGGUAUAUUGAUGGAAGUAUCAGCAUCUCUGGUUACCCUAAAAAACAAGAAACAUUUGCUCGUGUCAGUGGAUACUGUGAACAAAACGAUAUCCAUUCUCCCCAUGUCACUGUUUAUGAGUCCCUUGUGUACUCUGCCUGGUUACGCCUUGCUCCAGACAUAACCACGGAAACAAGCCAGAUGUUUGUGGAAGAAAUCAUGGAUUUGAUCGAACUGAACCCGUUAAGGAAUGCAAUAGUUGGGCUUCCAGGAGUAGAUGGUCUUUCAACCGAACAAAGAAAGAGGCUGACAAUAGCAGUAGAAUUGGUUGCAAAUCCAUCAAUCAUCUUCAUGGAUGAGCCCACAUCAGGCCUUGAUGCAAGCGCUUUUGACGAGCUAUUGUUGAUGAAAAGAGGUGGGCAGGUCACUUACACCGGACCUCUUGGGCACCAUUCUAACAAGCUAAUAGAAUAUUUUGAAUCUAUUCCUGGAGUUAACAAAAUCAAAGAAGGUCAAAAUCCAGCCACAUGGAUGCUCGAAGUUAGUUCUUCAACAGUUGAAGCUCAACUUGGUGUUGACUUUGCAGAUAUUUAUGUCAACUCUGAUCUUUAUAAGAGGAACCAAGAGCUCAUUAAGGUGCUCAGUACACCGGUAACAGGGUCCCAUGACCUUUACUUCCCUACAAAGUACUCUCAAUCCUUUUGGACACAAUGCAUGGCUUGUUUAUGGAAACAACACUGGUCUUACUGGAGGCAUCCACAAUAUAAUGUUGUUCGGUUCUUCAUGACGACAGUGAUUGGCAUUCUCUUUGGAUUGAUUUUCUGGGACAAAGGCCAAAAAACUGACAAAUAA